GUGGGGAGUUGUUGUUAUUGUUGUUUAUUUUUUCCUGUUCAGACUUGGUAAAAGUCAGAGGACUGUAAUGAGAAACCAUACAAGAGUGACAGUUUUUGUCCUAGCAGGUUUGACUGAUGACCUGCAAUUGAAAGUUGUGUUAUUUAUUUUCUUGCUUCUCACCUACUUGUUAAGCAUUACUGGCAAUCUGAUCAUUAUCACGCUCACCCUGCUGGAUACUCACCUCAAGACCCCCAUGUACUUUUUCCUUCGGAGUUUUUCCCUGCUAGAAAUUUCCUAUACUACUACUUGCAUUCCUAAACUCCUGGUUAUCAUGGCAACUGGGGACAAAACCAUUUCCUAUAACUGUUGUGUCACUCAAUUGUUUUUUGCUUUCCUUCUUGGAGCGUCUGAAUUUUACCUGCUGGCUGCUAUGUCUUAUGACCGCUAUGUGGCCAUCUGUAAGCCCCUGCAUUACACAACCAUCAUGAAUAGGAAAAUCUGCAUACAGCUUGUCCUCAGCUGUUGGCUUGCUGGGUUCUUUGUCAUCUUUCCACCACUCAUCUUGGGCCUUGAGCUCGACUUCUGUGCCUCCAACACAGUUGAUCAUUUCUACUGUGAUGCUACACCCCUCCUGCAGGUCUCCUGUUCAGACACACAGCUCCUGGAGACAAUGGCUUUUAUCUCAGCCAUGGUGACACUCUUGGUCACAUUGGUAAUGGUGAUAAUAUCAUAUACCUGUAUUGCCCUGACAAUUCUGAAAAUCCCUUCAACUAGUCAGAGGAAAAAGGCUUUUUCCACCUGCUCUUCUCACAUGAUUGUGAUCUCCCUUUCUUAUGGCAGCUGCAUCUUCAUGUAUGUUAAACCCUCAGUCAAACAGAGAAUAUCAUUGUCCAAGGGAAUUGCGGUGCUCAAUACCUCAGUUGCACCACUUCUGAACCCUUUCAUCUAUGCUCUAAGGAACCAACAAGUGAAAAAAGCCUUCACAAAUUUGAUGCACAGAAUUAUCUCUUUUUCAAAGAACUGAGUACAGUGUUGCAUUAUAUAAAGGAAAUAAAAUAUGGAGUCUGAACUAAGAUCAAUUACCCAUUAAGACCUUUCAAUACAUAGUUCCCUCCUUUUCUUUUUUCUUCCAUUUCUGUGAUAUUCAUAUUUAUCCCCUUUCAAGCUUUGCUUUUUAUGAAAGACAUUAUUCC